AUGCACUCCAUAAUUAUUGCUGGAGUCUUGCUUGCCGAUUCCUUCAAGAAGUGUGCUCCCAACUUAUUCGAGCGCUUAUGUAAGCGUUCAUCAAAGCACUCAAAUGAGCAGGCCUCAUUUGCUUCUACGACCGUCAUAGAAAAUCCUGCCCCUGCCUUUUUCUCUGACCUCAUGAACUUUCAACUCGGCCACUUCAAUCCAUCGGACAAGCGCUCUUUCAUCACUUCAAAUGCCUCCUCAACAGAAUCUGUAACUGCCCUCGCAGAUAUUUCUUCACUAGAUUUUUCAGGUGUGACUAAUUUCAACCGCAACAACACCCAUAACAAUGCCCAUAAAGACCAAUUCAAGAAAUUCAUCUCCAUCACGUAUGAGGGUUUAGAGGAAUCUACAAACCCAUAA